GAGGCUUUGUCGGUAUCAUCGGUCACAGGACGUGCACUACUAGGCCUUGCAUUCGCCGGCUAGUGGAGGGACGAAAUUAGAUUUUGGCGCCGUGCUAGUGCAGGACUCUGCACUUCUGCUCUUGCGACUGUCGCUUAAUAGCCAUGAAAUUAUUCACGGCAAGGUUAGCCGUAGUAAUCGUAGUUUUCAUUGUUUGUGAUGCUCCUACCGGCGAGGCAAGUAAAGAUGAAGAGGAACAGGAAAGGCAAGUGCAACUGCAAAUGAAACUAUACAUGGAAGCACUGAUGAAGCAGUAUGUGACAAGAGACCAGAUUUUGGAGUGCUAUGAUUUCGUAGUGGUGGGAGCUGGUUCUGCGGGAAGCGUUGUGGCCAACCGACUCUCUGAAAACGGGGCAACCAGUGUCCUUCUCCUCGAGGCUGGAGGCAUCGAGACACCCGACCUGGCAGUCCCCUUCUUCUCUUUUAUUGCUGCCAACGAAAACAACACCUGGAUGUACGCCACUGUACCACAAAACAAGUCGUGCCUCUCUUUCCCUGGGCAUGUGGGCGUGUUGACUCUGGGAAAAAUUAUGGGCGGCACCAGCUCCAUCAACUCGAUGAACUUCGUGCGGGGGAACAGGCGCGACUUUGACAUGUGGGAGGAGCAAUACAACGCCACCGGGUGGAACUACUCGAGUGUGUUGGAGAACUUCAAGGCCAUCGAUAACUUCAACAUAAGCACCGUUUCCCAGGAAGAGAGAGAUAAGUACCACGGCACGAUGGGUGAGACACCGAUCAACUAUCCCGGCUACAACACGUCACUGAGCUACGCAUUUCUCAACGCGUGCCAGGAGUCUGACUACGAUUACAUCGAUUACAACGGCGAGAACCAUACGGGUUAUUCGAGGGUGCAAUCCAACACGGCCAAUGGAGCGAGAAUGAGUGCAAACACGUGCUUUCUGCGUAGUAUAAACCGCUCAAACCUUCACAUUUCUAUAAACAGCACCGUCACUAAGAUAAUCUUUGACAGUGAUGGAAAAGCCACUCACGUGUUAUUUCUCAAAGACGGCGAAGAAAUGAAUGUAUCUAUUGGCAUCGAGGUAGUCCUCUCUGCGGGAGCCAUCAACUCUCCAAAGCUGCUCAUGGUCUCGGGAGUCGGGCCUAAAGAAGAUCUGAAUAAAAGCAACAUCACAUCUGUGGCGGAUCUCCCCGUGGGCGUAGGACUCAUGGAUCACGCUAUUUUUCUUGGCCUCGUUGUAACUACGACCAAUGAUGAAGUAGGAAUACGCAACAUAAAUGAGAGUAUCAAACAGUACCACUACAAUCGGACAGGACUUCUGACCAUACCGGGGACUUUCGAAGUACUGCUUUUCACCUCUAGCUAUAAUGAAUCAAUGGAAGAUGAAAAGAAACGAGACUGGGCCGACAUAGAAGUGGAGAUUACGGACUUGUUUCCUGGCCCAGAUAUCGCAAAGUCGCCGUACGUUUCGAAUGAGACAUAUGAGCAGUACUACAGGCCCAUGUUCAAUAAUACCGGCUUCAUGCCGGCUGUCGCUUUGGUGCAACCAAAGUCCCGUGGCACGGUCAAGCUGAACUUCACAGACCCGAACGCAUCACCACUUAUCGACCCACAAUUUUUGUAUGAAGAUGAGGAUGUGGAAAGAAUGGUUAACGGCACGCUCAAGAUAAUGAAGCUUCUUAAUACGACGGCCAUGCAAAAAAUCGGCGCCAAAAUCUGGAAUGGAUCUUACCCUUACUGCAAGAAUCACUCCAUUUGGUCCAGGGAAUACAUAAAAUGCUUUGUCCAGCAGGCUGCUUUCCCUGGACAACACGUCUGCUGCACAUGCCCAAUGGGAGACCGUAACAACUCAGUUGUCGACUCGAGGCU